CUCAAACGUUUUGAUCUAGGAAACCUCAAAUCUGCUGUAACACCCAUGGCCUCCUCUAUCAAAUUAGAUAAAGAUGUUUCUGGUGUUCCCGUUAAUGACAAACUUUACAGAGGAAUGAUAGGUUCAUUGCUGUAUUUAACAGCUAUUCGUCCUGACAUCAUGUUUAGUGUCUGUGCUUGUGCACGAUUCCAAAGCUCACCCAAAGAAAGUCAUCUCAGUGGUACUUCAGACUUAGGUCUGUGGUAUCCUAACAACUCGUCCUUAGAACUAAUAAGCUACUCAGACUCUGACUAUGCUGGGUGCUCAAUCGACAGAAAAAGCACGUCAGGCACAUGUCAUUUCCUAGGUUCCUCUCUGGUUUCUUGGUUUAGCAAGAAACAAAACUCUGUGGCAUUAUCCACAGCAGAAGCAGAGUACAUUGCAGCUGGAAGCUGUUGUACUCAGCUUCUGUGGAUGAAACACCAACUUCAAGACUAUGGUCUUAAGCUAAAAACCCUUCCUGUUCUAUGUGACAAUACCAGUGCCAUCAACAUGACUAAGAAUCCCAUCUUGCAUUCUCGAACAAAACACAUAGAAAUCAGAUACCAUUUCAUUAGAGAGUUGGUUGAGGAAGGUGUGAUUACUUUGGAAUUUGUCCCCACUUCCAGCCAAUGGGCUGAUAUCUUCACUAAGCCUUUGGGCUCAGAUUCUUUCCUCGCGAAUCGUCGUGAACUUGGUAUGUUUUCCUGGUCAGAGCUUGAGAAUCUGAAGUGAUUCUGAUUCUCUGAGUACCGUUUUUGACCCCUCCUAUUCUUUAGCUCCAAGACUUACUCUCUUUCGGGUCAGACAAUAUUUUCUUUCUCAUUCUAAUUUCCUCCUACCAUAACUCUGAUUUCCGUUCUCGUCUCACCAUAACUUCCCUUAGGCCUUCAAGAUUAUUUAUACUCUUGCUGAGUUGAGGAGGAGUUCUAUCACUUUUCGUCCAUACCCAUUAAAACCCUUCUCCUUCUCCUAAAUCAGUAUGGCUGGAAUCAAUCCCGAGAUACCUCUGCAUCUGGCUCAGGCUGCCAUCUUUACUGGGAAGGGGUUCAGAAAUGCAGAAGACUAUGCUCGCUAUCUCAUCAAAUUUCAAGAUCGCCCCUUGAGUCCCUCUAUCUCUCUUGAUCCUGCUCGCUUCAAUCGCUAUGACAUGAACAUUCCUGGUUUGAUCAAUGCUGUGGGAUGGUCGAAUCUUCCUCUUGAUCAAUGCUACAGUUUUCGUCCAGAGGCAGUUCGCAUGUUCUAUGCAAACAUGCAGCCCUGUUUCAACACUGAUCCUCCUACUUUCACCACUGUGGUGUAUAACUAUCUGAUCACUGUCACGGUCGACAUCUUGUCAUAUCUCCUUGGUUAUCCAAUUGCUGGUGCUGAAGUCCUGGAUGAAGGAGACUUCCAGGAAGCUGGGUUCAAUGAGGUUGAAGCUAUUCGACUUUACACAAGGGAUACAGGUGAAUAUCAUUCGUCUCGACUUGCUACUGGUCGUCUCCCUGAUGACCUCAAAGUCCUUCACUUCUUUAUCACUAGGGUUUUCUUUCCCCGAUCUCAUGGUCUCAAUAGGAUCUAUCCUAUGGACAUGUGGAUCAUGGCCAGUGCCAAAGAAAAUCGUCCUAUCAGCUAUCCUCAUCUCAUGUUUAGUCACAUGCUUCACUACUGUGAUGACAAUUUCAAUGAGGAACUUCCUUUUGCCCCUCAAAUCACUAUGCUGCUGCGUGGUUUGGGUAUUGAUCUUCGCUACAAAGUGGCUCGAGUUGAUCUAAUUGAUACUCUCCGUGCUCAGUUUGUACUUCGCAAAGUGAAUGCCUUUGUUGGUCGUAGGGGUCCUCGUGUCAAUGCUUCAGGGGGAGAAGGGACUGUAGUAGUUCCUGUUGUGCCUUUAGAAGUUGACCCAGUUGAUGAGGCUGUUCCAGAGGAACCAUCAGCAGCUGCAAAUUCUGGUGAUAGUGUCAGUAUUGCCGACCUGGAGGAAGAGCUGGGUGAAAAUGAAGGGGAAAUUUCUGACUACCUGUCAUCUCCAACCUUUCCAUUCUAAAGAACCUUGGGUGUUCUGUGUAGGGGGAGCCUGAGUGAGCACUAAACCGUGGAGUAGAAUCAGUAGAGUCUUGUCUUGUGUUGAAUAAAGCUCUAUAAAGAGCACGUAAAGUCUUAGAAUCUAGAAUGUGUGUGCACGAGUGUGCGUAGACAGUGUCUAGUUUCAGUCGUAGUAGUCGUAUGCUGUGAUCAGUUGAUGUGAUCUUGGAAUAAAAGUAAUCUCGUUUU